AUGCCAGAGUGCGAAGAUCUGGAGAGGGUGACCGUUGCUGAUGAUCCAGAGAAAUUCUUUCGGGUUGGGGCCAAGUUGCCUCUGGAAGAGAAAGCGAGUUUGCUGGAGUUCCUUCGAACUAAUGUGGACGUCUUUGCAUGGGACCCGUAUGAGGCUCCAGGAGUAGACCCAAAUUUUAUUUGUCAUCGACUCAAUGUAAACCCUGCCGUUCCCCCUAGAAGGCAAAUUCCUCGGCGACCAUCGAAAGAGCAUGCCGAGGCAGUCCGAAGUGAAGUUGCCAAGCUCAAACAGGCUGGGGCUAUCAAAGAAGUCUUUUACCCCCAAUGGCUGGCCAAUACGGUGGUAGUGAAGAAGAAGACGGGGAAGUGGCGAGUGUGCGUGGAUUUCACGGAUCUUAAUAAGGCAUGCCCCAAAGACCCAUUUCCUAUGCCAAAGAUUGACCAGCUGGUGGACGCGACCGUGGGCCACCCUAGGAUGAGCUUCUUGGAUGCCUUUCAAGGGUAUCACCAAAUACCGUUAGCCACCGAUGAUCAAGAAAAGACCGCUUUCGUGACCCCGGUUGGGAACUACCAUUACAAGGUGAUGCCUUUCGGUCUGAAAAAUGCUGGAUCUACCUACCAACGCAUGAUGACGAAAAUGUUCGAGCCACAGCUGGGCAGAAGUAUUGAAGUUUAUAUUGAUGACAUGGUGGUGAAAAGCAAGGUAGUGACUGAACAUGUGGAGGACCUCACUAGCAUCUUCGGGAUACUGAGAGAACACAGGUUGCGCCUGAAUGCUUCGAAGUGCUCCUUUGGAGUAGGUUCAGGAAAAUUCUUGGGGUACAUGGUGACCCAUAGGGGAAUUGAGGUUAAUCCAGAUCAGAUUAGGGCUAUUAACAGUUUGCAAGCGCCCCGGAAUCCAAAGGAAGUGCAGAGGUUGACGGGGAUGACAGCUGCGUUAAACCGAUUCAUUUCCAGGUCAGCCGAAAGGUGUCGUCCUUUCUUCCGUCUGUUACAUAAGUGGCAGGGAUUCGAAUGGACCGAGGAGUGUGUUGAGGCGUUCCAGCAGUUGAAAAAUUAUUUAUCCAAACCGCCGAUCAUGUCUAGCCCUGAAGUGGAUGAGAUAUUGUAUGCUUAUCUGGCGGUAGCUCCACACGCAGUCAGUUUUGUCUUGAUGCGAGAAGACAAUGGCGUCCAGAGGCCGGUAUAUUAUGUAAGUAAAUCCCUCCAUGAAGCGGAGGUGAGAUAUCUGUCGUUAGAGAAGGCCAUACUGGCGGUCGUCCAUGCGACACGUAAACUCCCACACUAUUUUCAAGCUCACACUGUAGUUGUUUUGACCCAAUUGCCUCUCAAAUCCAUACUUAGAAGUGCUGACUAUACCGGCAGAAUUGCCAAGUGGGGAACGAUUCUGGGUGCUUUUGACAUCAAAUACAUGCCCCGCACCUCUGUGAAGGGUCAAGUACUCGCCGAUCUAGUAGCGGAAUUCGCUGAGUGCCCUGAGGAAGUUAGUAGGAGUCAAGACCACAUGGAUGAAAAAUCGGUUGGCAUAAUAUCCGCGCCAGGAGGGCCGGUAUGGAGGGCAUACGUGGAUGGGGCCGCAAACCAACGGGGAGCUGGACUGGGAUUGGUCCUGAUAUCUCCCGAAGAGGUCAUCAUUGAGAAGUCGCUAAGGCUGGGGUUCUCAGCUACUAACAAUGAAUCAGAGUACGAAGCUCUGAUAAUGGGAAUGAGUAUGGUCCGUAAAAUGGGUGGAAAGGCAGUAAAACUGUUCUCGGACUCGAAGCUGGUCGUUGGCCAGGUGACUGGAGAGUUGGAGGCCAGAGACCCGAGAAUGCAAGGGUAUCUGAACCGGGUUAGGCAUAUGCGAACAGAGUUCGAGUCGUUCGACGUAUUACAUAUUCCACGAGGCGAGAAUACCCACGCGGACUCCUUAGCGACCCUUGCCACCUCCUCAGCACGAAAUUUCCCUCGGGUAAUUAUCGUGGAAGACUUGCAUACUCCCACUUCACCAGAAAAGGAGAUUUGCCAAGUUCGUCAAGCUAGUUUGACGCCGUGCUGGAUUGACCCUAUAUUAAAAUUUCUCGACAGUGAUGUGCUGCCCGAAGAUAAGGUAGAAGCUGAGAAAAUACGAAGGAGAGCACCUCGGUACUGGUUAUCCGAAGAUAAAAAGCUAUAUAGACGGUCCUUCUCUGGGCCAUACUUGCUCUGCGUGUCUCCCGAGGCAGCAGAAUUAAUCCUGGAAGAAUUGCAUGAGGGUAUUUGUGGAAGCCACACAGGAGGAAGAUCCCUGUCAUGCCGAGCACUAACGCAAGGUUAUUGGUGGCCGAAUAUGCAGAAAGAAGCGCAGGAGUACGUUAAGAAGUGCGAUCAGUGUCAAAGAUAUGCUCCGAAUAUCCACCAACCUGGAGGAGUUCUUAACCCUCUCUCAAGUCCUUGGCCCUUUGCACAAUGGGGGCUAGACAUCGUCGGCCCUUUUCCUAAAGCUAUAGGAAACAAGAAGUACCUGCUGGUCGGCACAGACUACUUCACCAAAUGGGUUGAGGCUGAACCCUUGGCGAACAUCCGGGACAUAGAUGUGAAGAAGUUUGUCUGGAAGAACAUUGUUACGCGAUUUGGAAUCCCACGAGCUCUUGUUUCGGACAACGGGCUCCAGUUCGAUAGCAAUGCCUUUAGGAAUUACUGUUCAGAACUGGGAAUAAGAAACAGAUAUUCCACUCCAGCUUAUCCGCAAGGCAAUGGGCAGGCUGAAGCUGUUAACAAAGUCAUUGUCCAUGGGCUUAAGAAGAGACUAGACGACGCGAAAGGAAGAUGGGUGGAGGAACUCCCACAUGUGCUUUGGACGUAUCGGACAACGCCCAGGCGUUCGACGGGAGAAACUCCUUUCUCCAUGACCUAUGGAGCCGAGGCCGUUAUUCCGCUGGAAACUGGAUUCCCGACAUUAAAGACCAGUGCAUUCUCUUCGAGUAAUAAUGAUGCGAUGUUGGAAAAAAGUUUAGACCUGAUUGAAGAACGGAGGGAAAGCGCGAUGGUUCGGCUAGCUUACUACCAGCACAAACUCAAGCAGUGCUACGAUAGCAAUGUGAGGAUGAGGCCGUUAGCCAUAGGCGACCUGGUGCUGAGAAAGGUCCUGGGGCCCACUAAGAAUCCAAUCUGGGGAAAACUGGGACCCAAUUGGGAGGGACCGUAUCGAAUUACUUCUGUAGCUGGAAUAGGGGCUUAUUAUCUAGAGGAUCUAGACGGAAAACCUGUACUCCAUCCUUGGAAUGUAAAUAAUCUCAGAAGGUAUUAUUAUUAG